UAAAAUAAAGCCACCCAAAAAUGGUAUCCAAUUCCAAAGUGCCUUUUUUGGGCAUGCCUGUCACAGUGUUUGUUCUUUCAAGGUAGAGCAACUCGUGUCCAGACAACGCCCUACAUUUUUGCGUCUCGGUCUAGAAAAACGUCUUGGCGGCCAUCUUAUUAAGACUUUUCAUAUUUCCUUUACAGCCAUGGGUUGGAAGCUGACAACCUUCAUCGUCUUGGUUGCCAUAGCAACAGGUGUCAUCCUUACCGGCGUCUUCAAGACGCCUCCAGAACCUCUGCAGUUCCAAGACAACUACUGGGGGAGGGGGGCGAAACCAUCCUCCCUACCAAAAGAUCACGACAAGAUACACCAAAUCUCCAUAAACGUGCCAGAAACCGCCCUGGUCGAUCUCAAAAACCGCCUUAAAAACGUCCGUUUGUUCGAGGCUCUUGAAAACGUAGAAUUCCAAUAUGGCUUCCCUGUCGACUUUAUGAAAGGUCUGGUCGCCUACUGGAGCGAUAAGUACGAUUGGCGAAAGCAGGAAGCGUACUUAAACACGUUUCCUCAUUACAAAACAAACAUCGAGGGAAUUGAUGUACACUUUAUUCACGUAAAACCCAAACUGAAGCCAGGCCAGACCGCCAAGCCUCUGUUGCUGGUUCACGGUUGGCCAGGCUCGGUGUAUGAGUUUUAUAAGAUGAUCCCGAUGUUGGUAGAUCCCACUAGUCAUGGGGGGAGGGAGGAGGAUGUGUUUGAGGUCAUUGCCCCCUCUAUCCCUGGGUACGGCUUCUCCGAAAUGCCACACAAAAAAGGUUUUGACCAGAUGGCUGCUGCUCAGAUAUUCCAUAAGCUGAUGGAGAGACUGGGAUUUGAGAAGUUCUACAUGCAGGGCGGAGACUGGGGUGCUUUUAUCACACGUAUCAUGUCUCUACUCAAGCCAAGUGUGGUGAAGGGACUGCACAACAACAUGCAGCUUGUUAACGCUGGUGACCCAAGGUUAAUCCUCCGCAUCAUGGUGGGCAGUGUGUUCCCCUCACUGGUCGGUGUAAAGCCUGAGGAACAUGAUCGGGUUUACCCGUAUGGCAGUAAGGUAUUGAUGGGACUGCUACGGGAGACUGGAUACAUGCACAUCCAGGCUACCAAACCAGAUACUGUUGGUUUUGCCCUGAAUGACUCGCCCGUGGGACUGGCUGCCUACAUCCUGGAGAAAUUCUCCACCUGGACAAACCCAGCAAACAAGGAGUUAGCUAAUGGAGGGCUGGAAAAGUACUACACCAAGGAUGAGCUGCUGACCAGUGUGAUGAUCUAUUGGCUGACUGGUACCAUCACUUCCUCUAUGAGGUUCUACAAGGAGACAUUUCAAGGAAAGGCAAUGGAAACAACCAGCUUGCAAGUGACUGUGCCGACCGGAAUGGCGGCUUUCCCACACGAGCUAGGCCACAACCCGGAGGCGUGGUGUCGUCUCUUCUACACAGACCUCGUCCAUUACACUCUCAUGCCAGACGGAGGACACUUUGCCGCGUUUGAGAAACCCGCCUUACUGGCCGAAGACAUCCGCGCUUUCGUCAGGAAAGUCGAAAGUCGAUCUUGAUAGAUCCAAAGACUGAUAGGCGAUAUUUGCCAAGUUGUCUCACAGUAUAUGCAUGCAUUUUAG